AUGCUUCCCCGAUCACUGUCGAAUUUCAUGAAUGCUUUCACCUCCUCCGAUCACACCACCUACCCGUUCGCCACAACGAACCCCCAAGAUUUUCAAAAUCUCUUGUCCGUGUAUCUCGAUGCCACGCUGCACCCUCUACUUAAGAAGGACGAUUUCCGACAGGAAGGAUGGCGAUUGGGCCCCGAGGAUCCUCGCGCUCUGCUGGCCACACCCGAGCUGAAGGCCAAGUUGGAGGACAUUGUGUUCAAAGGUGUUGUCUAUAACGAGAUGAAGGGCCAGAUGUCUGACGCCAACUAUCUCUACUACAUCCAAUUCAAGGAGAGCAUCUUCCCGGCGAUGAACAACUCCGGAGGUGACCCGGAGUUCAUCACGGACCUUACUCACAAACAACUGUAUGACUUCUCGAAGCGCAACUAUCACCCAAGCAACUCCAAGAUCUUGACAUACGGCGAUAUGCCGUUGGAUGGUCACCUGGAGCAGAUUGGGGCUGUCUUGGAUGGAUUUGAACUGGGCCAGGCUGAUACCACUGUGAAACUACCCCUGGAUCUCAACAAGCCGGUAGAAGUGACUGUCUCUGGACCGAUUGACACCUUUUCCAGCGAGGAUAAGCAACACAAAACAUCCACUUCUUGGUACAUGGGAGACUCAACAGAUACCGUGGAGACAUUCUCCGUCGGAAUUAUAUCAUCCCUUUUCCUCGAUGGUUAUGGUUCGCCCAUGUAUCGGGCCCUCAUUGAAAGUGGUCUGGGAUCUUCUUUCACACCCAACACUGGGUUAGAUUCCUCUGGCAGGGUCCCGAUCUUUUCAGUUGGUGUCACUGGUGUCAGUGCUGAGGAGGCCCCCAAAAUUAAGCAGGUCAUUCAGGAUGCCUUCCGAGCAUCCGCUUCGGCUGGUUUCAGUGAGGAGAAGGUGCGUGGAUUCCUGCAUCAAUUGGAACUUGCACUGCGACACAAGACUGCGAACUUCGGUAUUGGGGUUAUGCAGAAAACCAUUGCUUCUUGGUUCAAUGGUUCGAACCCAAUGACAGAGCUGGCUUGGAACGAUGUCAUCGAGGAGUUCAAGAGACGAUAUGAACAACCACGCUACUUGGAAUCACUUGUGGAGAAGUAUCUUCUGAAUGACCGUUCCAUGACUUUUACCAUGGUUGGCUCCCCAACAUUCAACAAGGAAUUAGAUGACAAGGAAGCCGUGCGAAAGGACCAGAAAUUGGCCAAACUCAUUGAGGAGCACGGUUCAGUUGAGAAUGCCGUAGCCAAGUUGAGUGAAGAGGAGCUGCAGCUUUUGAAGGUGCAGGAAGAUGCCCAGAAUGCGGACUUGAGUUGUCUCCCAUCGGUGCGAGUAAGCGAUAUUUCUCGCCAAAAGGAACGCAAGCUUGUGCGCGAGUCCAAGGUGGACGAUGUCGAUGUUGUCUGGCGCGAGGCUCCUACGAACGGUCUAACCUACUUCCAGGCUGUCAAUACCUUUGAAGGCUUGCCGGCUGACCUUCGUCUCCUGAUGCCCCUCUUUAAUGACUGCAUCAUGCGAUUGGGCACUCCGAAUAAGUCUAUGGAGGAGUGGGAGGAUCUCAUCAAGCUGAAGACAGGCGGCAUCUCGACCUCUGACUUCAACGUGUCGUCCCCAACUCAUUUGAACCAAUUCAAGGAGGGCCUGGAGUUCUCUGGAUUUGCCAUUGACAAGAAUAUCCCUGAGAUGUUGGAAAUGCUCUCGACUUUGGUGACUGAAACCGACUUCUCUAGUCCUUCGGCACCAGCAAUGAUCCAGGAGUUGCUGCGAUUGACAACCAACGGGGCUCUCGACUCCGUUGCUGGAACUGGUCAUCGCUAUGCAGUCAAUGCCGCUGCUGCCAGUAUCUCGCCAAGCUUCUGGGUGCAGGAGCAACAGUCUGGUCUCGAGCAGCUGCAGGCAACUGCCAACCUUCUGCGUGACGCAGAGUCGUCCCCCGAGCGCCUCCAGGAAUUGAUCGAAAAGCUGCGUCUCAUCCAGUCGUUUGCGAUCUCAAAGAGCUCCAGCCUUCGUGUUCGCAUGGUCUGUGAGGCUGAAAGUGCCGCGCGAAAUGAAUCAGUAUUGCAGAAGUGGAUGGCGGGUCUGCCUCGAGUUCCUUCGCCGCAGUCCACCACAUCCAUCUCCGGCUUCCAGACAUUCGACAAGGCAUUCUAUGAUCUCCCGUACAAGGUGUACUACUCUGGACAGGUCUCCCAGACUGUGCCAUUUGUCGACCCCGCUAGCGCUCCACUCACAGUGAUGUCCCAGCUUCUCACACACAACUACCUGCACCCUGAGAUUCGAGAGAAGGGCGGCGCAUAUGGCGCCGGAGCUAGCAAUGGCCCCCUCAAGGGCAUCUUCACCUUCAUGAGCUACCGCGAUCCGAACCCCAUGAACACCCUGAAGGUCUUCCAGAACAGUGGUGUUUUUGCGAGAGACCGCGUGUGGUCUGAGCGUGAGAUUGAAGAAGCCAAGCUUGGUAUCUUCCAAGGCCUCGACGCUCCAGUGAGUGUUAACAGCGAGGGAUCCCGUUACUUCAUGAGCGGUGUCACCCAUGAGAUGGACCAGCGCUGGCGAGAGCAAGUCCUUGACGUGACCGCCAAGGAUGUGAACGAAGUUGCUGAUCGAUUCCUGGUGAAUGGUUCUCGCAGUGCUACCUGCGUACUCGGCGAGAAGAAAGACUGGGCUGGCUCUGAGUGGGAUGUGCGAAAGCUGUCCAUGGGCCAGCAAGAAGCCUCUCAGUAG